CAACGGCUGUUGGUGAAUUGUGCACGAACGUGCUCAAAUUGACACCGAGACGUGGUCAACUUUCGGUACCAACAACAGCCGUGCUUAAUUUGUCCAUUUGUAAUAUUGGUAAUUGCAGCCGAUUACACACGAGUAAAAAAUGACAACGGUGGUGCAUGAUUCACACACGGUCGUUGUCAAUAUGACACCGGUCGUGUAUGAAUUAUGCACCACCACCUGCAUAAUGAUGCACCACCGUUGUUACUUUGUACACCGACGUGCAUGAAUCGUACACGAUCGUUGCCAUUUUAGCAACUACCGUGUAUGAAUCAUGCACCACCGUUGUCAUUUUUUUUACUCGUGUGCAAUCGGCUGCAUAUUUACCAUUUUUUCCGUGUUAUUGAAAGAGAAAGGACGCAUUGUGCAAAAAAUUUAUUGAAAAUGAAUAAUAAUUCGCAAGAUCCUCAAAAUAUCAUUGGUGAGUUGUUAGAAAUCGAUGGCAAUAUUGUUGUGGUUCGCGAUACAAACCAUUGCAGCAGUCAAGAUGCGGAAAACAAUGAGGACGAUUAUAUGUUAAGGGAGUUCUUAAAAGGAAUAAAUAUGGAGUCGCUUUUUGAACAAUUAAAAGCAUCACAUGUAACAUUUCGCAGCUUGCAGUACUUGAAAAAAGAAGAUUUAAAGGAAGCAGUGCCACCAUUGGGACUGCGUGUUGAAUUCAGAGAAAAGCUCUUUGCUUGGAAAAAACGAAAGCUCGGGAUUGAUGACGAAACUAUGUCAGUUCCAUCUAAAAUAGGUGAAUGGUGGAAACGCAACGAGACACCUGCAAGUACUCCUGGUACUCCCGACACUACAGGUUCGAACUGCUCAAAAGCCAAAGGAAUUUUGUCAGAGGAUCUAACGGAAUUGUUAACACAUACCUCGAAGGGGAAACUAGCGCUUGAAUGUAGUAGCGUUAAUAAGAAAUUAAGUGACGAGCAAAGAGAUGAUAUAAUUAAUAUAAUUAUUGAAGAUAUUUUAACCAACAAUGUUACUCUUUACACUCAAGACUAUAUGCGCAUAUUGGAUGAAAUUUGUUCCGUUUUUCCUCUUGAAAACGAAAUGAGGGAUUAUUAUUACAUUUCAAGAAAAGGAAAGAACAACGCAAGCGGAAAACUUUAUGCCAAGUAUAGAAACAAGAAGUCCAAAAGAAUAAAGCUUUUGAUUUCCGAGCCUAGCACAAGCAAAGCAGCAACUCACACAUCUCCUAAUUUUUGUAACAAAGAUGUUCCCGAAAUUGAUGAAUCAGUUGAAAAUUCAUUGAAAGCUUCCUUACUAAGAGAAUGUAAUGAUUGGGGAUCGAUCUGCGAAAAAUGGAAAAGAUCUUUUAACAUACGGCAAAGAGAUAUAAAAAAUUUAAGUAGCCAUACAUUUCUCCUUGAAUGGACGAAGUUGUCCGAUGCAAGAGCUUCAGAAUUGGUAAGUAGCCAUGAGCUAUUUAUUUGUAUAUGGAUACUAAUGUUUCGUUUUAGGUCAACAUUGAUUUCGAUAUUAUGUAUCCACAGAAAGGCAAUCUUCUACUUUCUAAAUGGGACCAAUUUAAGAAAAAAAUUUACAAUUAUUAUGGGAAAAAUAUUCAUAACGAACAUUGCAAACAACUCUUCGCAAAUGUUUUGACGGCAAGCAGCAUAGAUGCUCAAGAUUAUAUAUACGCAAUACUGUUGAAUUCAGUUUUACCAUCACCUGCUAGGUUUAAAUGUGGAAACGGUAAAUUACGAAAAAAAGUAACAAUAGCUGAUUCGCAGGAAAGUUUCGUACUGCGACUACCGACAAUUAACGAUUAUAAAAGGCAAAUUGAUACAGUCACUGAAAAGUAUUACAAUGCUGGAUUAACUAUACAGCCAUUUAUAAUUGUGGAGGGUUUGUCCGAUUUCAAUAUAAAAGGUUUUUAUGUUUUUUUUAACCACAAUUUGUUAAAAUUUCAAUCGUUCCUCGAAUGUUUAGAUACAUGUUUUAAAAUUUUUCAUGCACUUUCUUUAAAAUAUCCAAAUGCCUGCCAAAUUCCAUGGAUUUUUAUCCAAAAAUAUUUUUAUGAAAUUAAUACUGUAUAUGAUAUAAAAUCAGUUAAUUUGACUUCACUUAUUAAUUUCUGCAACAAUAAUUAAAGUACAAUUCAAAAUGUAUAUUUGCUUUCGUUGCCGUAAGCAUUUUGAUAAGGCAAAUCUUUUAAUAGCUCAUUUGAAAACAGACCAUUUAAUGUCCACUAAAUUUUUAAAAGUACAAUGCGUUCAGGACAACUGUAAGCAAACAUUUACAAAAUUUACGUCAUUCAGAAUUCAUUUAGAAAAACUUCACAAGAAUCACACAAAAGCUCCACCAAUGGUUAAAGCCAUUAAUGUGCCAGUUGAAAUGUCAUCAUCAAAAGAAAAUGAUUAUAC